AUGGCCGACUCCAAAGACCCCCUUCCGUUUGAUGAAAAAGCGACUCUCAAAGCGAACCCUGAGCCGCGAUCGUCAAGGCUAGACCCUGAACUCAAAGUAGCAGCAGGAGAGCCAACAGAGCGAGACGCUGAUAAACUAGCGCCAAAGUUAUCCGCCAGUCCAAAUACACCGUAUACUUCGCCCCAGUCUACUACGCCACCGCAAGAUGAGCCUGCGCAGAGCGCGCCUGCAGAUGAGCCUGAAAGGACUGUUGUGCGCGAAAUGCCACCCCCAAAUGAGGAGCAGUUACCAUCUCCAAAAUCCCCGAGAGGAGAAGAGAAAAGCGAAUUUGAAUCCUGCAGCACUUCACCGACCCACGGACCGGAAGAUGAGACCGCUACAGCGGCGCCAAUUCAAGCAGUAGAACGACAGCCUGAUUUCCCUCCGCCGCCACCUCCCCCAGCGGACCGUACUACACAUGCACCCGAUACGCAAGCUCCUCCUGUUCCACCUGUGCCGCUCGAGAAAGCGCAGUUCCUGCUUCCUCCUAUAGAGCCCCAUCUGAAGGACAGAAAAUGCCUUGUUCUUGAUCUUGAUGAAACACUCGUCCAUAGCAGCUUCAAGGUCGGGUACAUCAACCACAUUCUGGACAAAGCGGAUUUUACGAUUCCAGUGGAAAUCGAAGGCCAAUAUCACAAUAUAUACGUCAUCAAACGUCCCGGAGUCGACCAAUUCAUGAAACGGGUAGGAGAAUUAUACGAAGUCGUCGUGUUCACUGCCUCUGUGUCAAAGUACGGAGACCCUCUACUGGACCAGCUCGAUAUCCAUAGAGUCGUUCACCACCGCCUAUUCCGAGAUAGUUGCUACAACCAUCAGGGAAACUACGUCAAGGAUCUUUCUCAAGUCGGCCGCAACCUUAAGGAUACUAUUAUUAUCGAUAACUCCCCGACGUCGUACAUUUUCCACCCCCAACAUGCUAUUCCCAUUAGUAGUUGGUUUUCGGAUGCCCAUGAUAAUGAGCUUCUCGACCUUAUUCCUGUCCUUGAGGAUCUCGCUGGUUGCCAAGUACAUGACGUGAGCUUGGUCUUGGAUGUCGCUCUUUGA